GCGGAGAAGGAACGGCUGCGCCUGGAGAAGGAGAAGGAGCUGGCCCGGCUCAGGGUGACGCAGGAGCGGGUCCAGGACUGGCUGGCAGAGCGGGAUGCUCUGAGGGCCAAGAGGAACCAAGAGGCCGCCGAGCGGGAAUGGCGGCGGCAGGAGCUGGAGAAGGCGCGGAAGAAGGCCGAGCUGGAGCAGCAGCUGAGGCAGGAGCGGCUGGAGCAGGUGGCCCAGAAGGAAGAGUACGUGGCCAUGCAGCUGGAGCAGGACCGCCAGGAGUUCCAGAGGGUGCUCAGGGCCCAGCAGGAGCAGCUGGAGCGGGAGAAGCUGCAGUGGGAGCAGCGGCAGCUCCGGCAGCGCGCUCACGCCCAAUACCUGCGGAGGCAGAUCCAGGAGCUCCAGCAGCAGCGGCAGCGGCAGCGGGAGGCUCUGAUCGAGGAGGGCCGGCAGCAGCAGCAGGAGGCUCGGCAGCGCAGCCAGCGCCUCGCCCACUUCGGGCAGCAGAAGCUGCAGGAGCUCAG